AUGGCUGAAAAUGGAGCUCAAUCCUUCAACCAAGCCGAGCUGCUAGCCCAGAUGGCCGAACUCCAGGCGGAAGUCCAUAGGCUAGCCAAGAUCUCCACACAGAAUAACACAGGCAAACAUGAGGAGAGUAGCUCCAAGAACGCGGCCUUGGGAAACUCAGACCCCUUAAGCAUCACCCCACCAAAGGAGAAGUUGACGCUAGACAACCCCUUCUCUGAAGAAAUCACGAACUUCAAGAUGCCUAAGAAUUUCAUUCUGCCUAACUCCCUGGAACCUUACAAGGGGAUUGGUGACCCCCGAUCUCACGUUAAAAAAUUCCAAUCCAUGAUGUUCUUUAACGGCCCUAAUAAUGAACCUAUAUUAUGUCGUUCUUUUCCUACUUACCUUAAUGGUGCUGCUUUAUUGUGGUUUUCUAAAUUUUCUGCAGGAUCAAUUUCAUGUUUCGAGAAUUUGGCGAGGUCUUUUAUUGACUACUUCGCCGCCUUCAGGAUCUAUGUCCACGGCUCAGAUUACCUCGGGACAAUCAAACAGGGACAACAUGAGAGCUUGAAGGAUUACUUAAUCCGGUUCGCUGAUGCUACCAUGGAGAUUCCGGACUUGGACCCUAACAUCCACCUACACGCACUCAAGGCCGGACUCAGGCCUGGGAAGUUUAGAGAAACAAUAGCAAUAACCAAACCCAAAAUAUUGGAAAAAUUCCGAGAAAGAGUUGCAGGCCAAAUAGAGAUUGAGGAAUUGCGAGAAGCACAAAAGACGGACAAACAGCCGACCAGAAAGGAGGACGAAAAGACAUUCAGACCACCGAGCAGGAAAGAUCAGAAGAAACCCUUCAAGCUCACUCCAAAGUUCGAUACCUACAUCAGAUUCAACACAAAAAGGGAGAAUAUAAUCAAGGAGAUCCUCAACGCCAAAAUAGUCAAACCUCCCGCCAGAGCUGGAAGCUAUCAAGAUCAACAGUUUGUAGAUAGAAGCAAGCAUUGUGCCUUCCAUCAGAAGUAUGGACAUACAACGGACGAAUGUGUGAUAGCCAAGGACCUAUUAGAAAGAUUAGCUCGGCAGGGCCUCUUAGAAAAAUAUGUCGAAGGUCGAAAAAGCAGAAAAACCAAGAAAGAGUCAGAGGAGCGGUCAACAGAGAGAAAAAAAGGAAAAUGGACAACAACAGAUCCUCCCAGGGGAAUCAUAAACUGCAUAUCAGGAGGAUAUGCAGGAGGAGGCGAAACAAGCUCGGCCCAAAAGAGGAGCUACCGAGCAAUGCUGGCAAUCGAAAGAACAAAUCUUACAACAAAGCACAAGAUGACAAAGCCAGAGAUAACCUUCUGCCAGGACGACCUAACAGGCCCAAACCUUGAUGACCUAGUCGUGAUCUCCAUCUAG